UCAUGACAUGGUACUUGACUUUGCUCGUUUCCUUAUGGGAAAUGAAUUUGUGGUGCAAGAGGUUCAUCCUGACGAUAUUAUAAGGAUAAAGCUUCCUCCAGAGAAAACUCACCAUCUGUCGGUUGUACUGGCAGAAAAUGCAUGCCUUCCUACUUCACUUCUUGGUGCAGAAAAAUUGCGGAGCUUAUCCAUCUUUAAGAGUGAUCAUGCAGAAGAAGAUGAAACCAGUAACUUAUUUAUUCAACCAAAACAUCUGCGUUCAUUGAUUCUCUGUGGUGCAAUAUGCGGAUUACUUAAUUUGCAAUCCUUGUUUCUACAACGGUGUUAUUCUCUGGAGGGAUUGCCGGAUAAGAUAGAGAAAUUGGUCAACUUGAGGUGCCUGAAUACAGCUGAUAGUACUGCUUUAACUUACUAUCCCAAAGGAAUUGGGAGAUUAACUUCCCUCAGAGAGUUGGGGACGAUUGUAGUUUGCUGUGAUCACAAUGACAAUGAAAAAUUUAGCUUGGGGGAUUUGGAAAACUUGUGCCACCUUCGUUUUCUGGCAUUGAAAGUUAAAGAUGGUCAGAUUGAUGCUAAUGAAGCCAGACGUGCGAAGCUGCAAAGUAAGAUACAUCUCAAGGAUUUAGUGUUAGAUGAUAGGUGGGCUUACGGAAAAGAGGAUGAAUUGGAUAAUUUUGUUAAAGUCUUAAACCCACCUUCGCACACAAACGUGAAAUUUCCUCUUAAUGAACUUAUUGAAGAUUUCAGGGCACAGGUCUUUGCGGCGGAGGACUUCCACGUAAGCCCUCAAUCUAUUGUUUCUAGCUAGUAUUAAUUAGAGGGGAAAUGAACGGCUGUUUCUCCUCCCCAAAUCACACGUAUUAAUGUCUGCAUUUAUUUUGCUGAUGCAGCGUAUGCCCACCAUUCUCUAUCUUGGUGAAAGCUGAAGCCGUUGAAAGUACUGCAUGUAUGUGAUGUUCCUCUUUUUCUUUUUCUUUCUUUUUUCUUCUUUUUUUUUUUUCUUUUUUUUUUUAACAGGGAAGUCUUUUGUGUUUUACAGCUGUUUAUCAGAUUAUUACCCUUAUUGUAUGUAUUCUCCCUGUUUCUUUGGUGGAUCAGUGAACAAUUCAGAAUUAGUAAUCUUGUCAUGGAUACUUUAUGAUCAAAUUCCUAUAGUUUCUUUCUUUACAAAAUCUUUUGUUGAUAAAUAAAACAUAAAUGACAAC